CGUCCAUCGCUUCCGUGUGCUCGAGGCCAGCGGUGACACAACAUGGUGAAGCUCACAUUGGGAAGCCUGGGCGACUCUUUCAGCGCGGGGUCUCUCAAGGCCUAUCUUGCUGAGUUCAUCGCCACCCUCCUCUUCGUGUUCGCUGGCGUUGGCUCCGCCAUUGCAUAUGGUAAGUUGACGUCUGGUGCAGCGCUGGAUCCGGCGGGCCUGGUUGCGGUGGCCCUCGCUCAUGGCUUGGCCCUCUUCGUCGGCGUCUCCAUGGCGGCCAACAUCUCCGGUGGCCACCUUAACCCGGCUGUCACUUUCGGGCUCGCCGUGGGCGGCCACAUCACCCUCCUCACCGGCGUCUUCUACUGGAUCGCCCAGCUCCUCGGCUCCACCGUCGCCUGCCUCCUCCUCAAGUUCGUCACCGGCGGCAUGGCUGUACCGACGCACGGCGUGGCGGCCGGCAUGAGUGAGCUGGAAGGCGUGGUGAUGGAGGUGGUCAUCACCUUCGCGCUCGUGUACACGGUGUACGCCACGGCGGCGGACCCGAAGAAGGGGCCGUUGGGGACGGUGGCGCCCAUCGCGAUCGGGUUCAUCGUCGGGGCCAACAUCCUGGCAGCCGGGCCCUUCAGCGGCGGCUCCAUGAACCCGGCACGGUCCUUCGGCCCCGCGGUGGCCAGCGGAGACUUCUCCGGCAACUGGGUCUACUGGGUGGGGCCGCUGAUCGGCGGCGGACUGGCCGGGCUCAUCUACGGCGACAUCUUUAUCGGCUCCUACGAGGCGGUCGCGGCGCAGGACUAUCCGUAAGCUGUAAAGCUGUCGUCGAGUCGGGUUGGCGUCAUCCUCCUGCGUCUUGUUUCUGUGUCUUCCUUUAUCUGCUUGUAAUAAUAAUAUGUACAUAUAAGAGUACAUAACCGGUCUUCGUGAAGGUGUAUUCGCUAUCCUUAGUUUCAAUGUUGUAUGUUGUGGGUUGUGGAGUCAAAAUUGGACAAAUUGGUCAAACAUAUGUUUCCUUAA